UGUUUGUUUGUCAGUUAUUUUUAUAUACUCUACUAUACAUAGAUAUAUAACAAAAAUUUAAUUAUCAUAUAUUUUAUUGUGUAUAUAAAAUAAUAUAUAUAUAUAUAAAACAACAUGGCUGUUAGUUGUGGUGGAUCAGUGAUUAAAAUUUUGCUAUUUAUUUUCAAUGGUAUCUGGGUGUUAUGCGGUGCGGCCAUCAUCUACCUGGGCGUUCGGGUAGUACUCAUAUACAACAACAACGAUAUAUCGCAGAUAAUACAUGAAACACCUAAUCACUCAGCAGUGGUACUGAUAGCCGCCGGCGGACUCAUAUUGGUAUUCAGUUUUCUCGGCUGCUGUGGGGCUAUAAAGGAGAGCACAUGUAUGCUAAAUACGUACGGCGGACUUAUACUGAUAUGUCUGGCAGCUCAGGGAGUCGGUGCAUAUCUGGCCAUCCGAUAUAAUUAUGAUCUGGAACAGUAUGCCAACGAUGGUAUCAAAUCGGCACUUCAUAGCUACGAUUGGUCCAAACCAUCGACUGAUCCGGCCAACCGGGCUAUCAACGAAUUUCAACGGGAGCUACAGUGUUGCGGUGCCAAAAGUCGUAACGAUUGGAAACUACCGGAGCCCGACUCUGCUUCUCAAGUAAUCUACUACCCUGGGUCCUGUUGUAAAGACAAAUCGGCCAUCACACCCGACAACAAAUGUCCCAUUACUAGUACCUGGGAAAAAGGUUGCACUCAAGCAAUGCUCGACUAUAUGACCAUGUACAUUGGUAGUUUAGGUUAUGUGGCCAUCGGUAUAGUAUUGAUUGAACUGUUGAUAUUGGUAUCGGCUUGUUGUCUGGUCAGGGAUAUCAAGUCCCGAUACGCCGAUUAUGGAUCACCGGGUGGUAAGCCAAGGGGUGCCUAAAAAAAUAAUAGGCUAAAUGGUGACGACAUACCGGUGCUUAUAUAUAUAUAUAUAUAUAAUAACCGAUUUUUUCAAAACUAAA